AUCCCUGCUGCCGCUGCCGCUGCUGCUGCUGCCGCCGCUAAACUCAGCUGCUGCCUCUGUCUCGAAGACCCCAGCACCUCUCCCCCCAGCCAUGCUGCCUGCUGCCACAGCCUCCCUCUCGGGGCUCCUCCUCACUGCCUGGGCUCUGCUGCCUUUCACCCAGGGUCAGACCCCCAACUACACCAGACCUGUGUUCCUGUGUGGAGGGGAUGUGACUGGGGAGUCAGGUUAUGUGGCAAGUGAGGGUUUCCCCAACCUUUACCCCCCCAAUAAGGAGUGCAUCUGGAUAAUAACGGUCCCUGAAGCCCAGACUGUGUCCCUCUCCUUCCGAGUCUUUGACCUGGAACUGCACCCGUCCUGUCGUUAUGAUGCUCUGGAGAUCUUUGCUGGGUCUGGAACCUCGGGUCAGCGGCUCGGUCGCUUCUGCGGGACCUUCCGACCGGCACCCGUGGUCGCUCCCGGCAACCAGGUGACCCUGAGGAUGACAGCCGACGAGGGCACGGGAGGACGAGGCUUCCUGCUCUGGUACAGCGGGAGGGCCACCUCUGGCACUGAACACCAGUUUUGUGGAGGACGGCUGGAGAAGGCCCAGGGGACCUUGACCACACCCAACUGGCCCGAAUCUGAUUACCCUCCUGGUAUCAGCUGUUCCUGGCACAUCAUCGCACCCCAAGACCAGGUGAUCUCGCUGACAUUUGGCAAGUUUGACAUUGAACCAGACACCUACUGUCGCUAUGACUCUGUCAGUGUGUUCAAUGGAGCAGUUAAUGAUGACGCCAAGAGACUGGGGAAGUUCUGUGGUGACACAGCCCCAGGGCCCAUCUCUUCUGAAGGGAACGAGCUCCUUGUCCAGUUUGUCUCGGACCUCAGUGUCACUGCCGAUGGCUUCUCAGCCUCCUACAGGACCGUGCCUCGAGGAGCAGCUGAAGAAGGGCCAGCCCAGAGCCCAGGGAAAGAUUCCCUGCCAGGUCCCCCAAUCCUCCAUCAGGAUCCUGAGCCUGGAACAGGGCCCAAAAUCAAGCCCAAACUCCCACCUGCAGAGAAACCUAAAGUUCUGCCAGAAGCCUCUGCAACUCUGGAGCCCAAUGUACCCAGUGUGCCCUGCCCAAAGCAGUGUCGGCGGUCGGGUACCUUGCAGAGCAACUUCUGUAACAACAACCUGGUUGUGACAGCAACAGUGAAAUCCAUGGUUCGGGGCCCAGGAGAUGGCCUCACUGUCACUGUCAGUCUCAUUGGUGUCUACAAAACUGGUGGUCUGGACUUGCCCUCUCCACCGACUGACACCUCCCUGAAGUUUUAUGUGCCCUGCAAGCAGUGCCCCCCCAUGAAGAAAGGAGCCAGUUAUCUGAUGAUGGGCCAGGUGGAAGAGAACCGAGGUCCAGUCCUUCCUCCAGAGAGCUUUGUGGUUCUCUUCCGGCCCAACCAGAACCAGAUCCUCACCAACCUGAGCAAGAGGAAGUGCCCCUCCCAGGCUGCUCGGGCCACUGCGUCCUAGGCUUAAGACCAGGCCAGCUUCCAGCCCUGGGAAACCCCUUCCCUAUCCAAAUAUAUGUUUCUUGUUUAAGGAAGGGGUCAUUGCCACUUCUGUGGUUUUGGGACCCAUCUUGGGAGUUUUAUUCAUUCAUUAAAGUCAAUAGACACUUACUAUGCAGAAUUUUCUUUUUUAAGAAUAUAAAUCAAAUCUUGUCAUCCUUUGCUCAAAACUCUCCCAUAUCCUCAACAGACACAUUCCUGUACACAACCACACAAUGGUAACCAUGGAGAGAUGAUGGGUACAUUAAUUAGCUUAACUGGUGAUCAACAUAUAUCAAAACAUCAAGUUAGACAUAAUUUUUAUGUCAAAGGUAUCACAAUAAAGCGGUUUUUUGAAAAUAAAUGAAAACUCUCCCAUAGUUUCCCUUGAUUCUCAAUAAAUCAAAAGUCCUAAGGCUUGAAUUAUCUGCAUCCCUCCACCUCAUCUGUUUUAGUCACAUCAGCUCCUUGGGCACUUCGGUACACCUGUUUUUUUCUGUCCGGAUUUCUUUAAAGAUCUCAUGAGUGGCUUCCCAGCUUUAGUCAGAUCUCAGCUCACAGUUCAUCCCCGUCAUCUGUCCCUCCGAAUAGAAGACAGUAAGUUUUCGAAGACAACAAGGCUCUUGUGGAGAGAGGUAACUACUGGUGCCAGAAAUGAACAAUAAAAUAGCGCUAGGGUUGCUAUGAAGAAAACAAUAGGGGGAUUCUACAUUGUUUUUGACCGCCCUCAAGAAAGGCUUCUAGAGAAGAAGAGCAAUUUCACUGCUGUUUUCCUCAUUUGUAAAUGAAGUUACAAAUGUUUUCCUCGUUUGUAAAAGGAGUCGAUGGGAUGGUGUUAAGUGGCGGAGUUAGUAAAUCUUAAUUCCCAGUGUAUUUGUAACUUCUGAGUCCCAUGCAGGGGAGAAUCAGGAGAGGAACCCUGGGCGGUAAUGCGAGUCCAAUGGGAAGCAACCUCCAACUAGUACUAUUGAAAACGGCUUAGGUUGCUGCACAGACCUCUAGGAGAGCCAGGAACUGCAGCAGAGAAAGAGCCUCCAUGUGGGAUAUGCUUCUAGUCAUCUAGACCGUCUGAGUGGG